UGUGUGGUGGCAGAAGGGGAGUCUCAGCCUGUCUGCCUCUUUCUCUCCCUCCCCUCCCCCUUUGUACAGUUCACUGAAAUGUAUGCUGGGAAGCUGAAAUAGACACAUAGAGAGACUGCAAAAAUGGCUGCACCAUGAGAAAAAAAACCAAAAUACAUUUGCAAUCCAGACAGAGAAGGGGCUGCUGAAAGAGCCUUCUUCAGGAGGGCUUCACAGCUCACCUCUGGAGGGAAGAGGGGGGGGAUCUGGAAGAAGAAGAAGAGGUCCCCCCACUACAAUCUGUUUAUUUGUAUCAAUUUUGUAUCACAAGAGAAGGGGGAGAGAGAGAGAGAGAGAGAAAAGAGAAGAGAGAGAGAGAGAGCAAAGGAAGGAAGCAGAGGAAAUUUCCAUCAGAAAGAAGAAAAAUAAGGAAAAAAUAAGGAAAAAAUAGGGUCACAUUACAACAUAAAAAUUAAUGGAUAGAAAUUAUCCAACCGCUGGAUUUGGUGAUCCUUUGGGUGCUGGCACAGGAUGGAGCUACGAAAGGACUGCAAAGGCAAGUUUGGUCUAUGGCAGCUCAAGAGGCUCCCACCCAGAGACAGACAUUUUGCACAGACAAGCUUAUGCAACACCUCACCCUCUGCAAGGCUACGCGACCAAUCACCAUCCAGCAGGAUUGUCAGGGUUGUUUGAGACUGGUCUCCACCAUGCCAGCAGUGCUGCUCAAGAUGCCUCGGUUAUGAACCUCAUCUCUGCCCUAGAAUCCCGCGCACCUCAACCUGGACCCUCCGCCUCCUCGUUACUCUCCCAGUUUCGAACACCAUCAUGGCAGACAGCCAUGCACACCCCUGCCCCGGCAGAGCUAUUUAUCUCUGGCGCCAUCCCUGGAUCUGGUACCUUUCCAUCAUCAUCCGCCCUGUCGGCUUAUCAACACCCAGCGUCUUUUAGUAGCAGAAGCUUUCCUGUGACCUCUUCCUUGACACUUCAAGAUGCCACCUUCAGUCCCACUUCAAAUGGACUCCUGUCUCCUCACGAUCCUCUCCUCCACAUAAAGUCAUCCCAGUCAUCAGUCCCAACUUCAUUGAGUUUCGAUCGUCUCGGUAGUACUGUUUUAGGCACCGGACUACCAUCACAGAGCUCAGCUUAUCGAAGUGCUCAAGAGUCGGCCUCGCGUCAUCUACCCUCCCAGUUCAACCUUCUCUCCUCUUCCUUGGGUCCCUCAGAACAAACAUCCCAGCUGUACAAUGCGUCUGUAUUCUCAAGCUCUCCUGCCUCCUCAAUCGAGAGGGCCAUGCCCCGACAAGAUAGCGUCAUUAAGCACUACCAGCGGCCCUCUAGCGCCCAGUCUCAGCUUCCCUCGGCUGCAGCUGCAGCACACUCUCUGCAGCAUUAUCUCAGUUGUGGAGGUAGCUACCAACAGAUGCAACAUCGCUCCUCUUUGUCUUGCAGCCCUUUGGGGGAUCAGUCUCCCGUCAGCAGUGAGGGUUCGCAACAGAAAAGCUCCCAAGCGCGCCAAGAGCAGUCUCAGAGCUACAGGCCAAUAAUUCAGUCGCCUGGUUACUCCACAUCUUCAUCAUCCAACAAGUCCAAAAGUUACUCUGCUUCUCGGCAGACUCAGAGAUCUACAGCCACUCCAAAGUGCCAAAGCAUUGCUACCACCGGACAGUCCCACAACUACUCUUCAUCCACUCCAAAGCCUAGCUCGGUUAUUGCCAGCCAGUCGCAGGCCUACUCUCCUGGGCAACCCCAAAAUCUCCUUUCUAUGUCCCAGUCACAAAAUUAUGCCGUAACUCAGUCUCAGAACCUCUCCACUCAAUCACAAGGCUUCACAUCCAGCCAAGCCCAAGAUCUGACAAGCGGAAGUAAAUCUCAGAGCUAUUCAUCUAGCCAGUCGCAAGGUUUGCAGACCUGCGUAAGCCAGAAUCAGACAUACUCUCCAGAGCAAUUACAAGGGUUAUCAUCGGUGGGUCAGAUUCCAAACUACAAUGUCCAAUCAGAGUCUCACGUGUCUGUUAGUCAGACUCCAAGUUAUGUUCCUGCACAUUCGCAAGGUUUACCCACUGCAAGCCCUUCCCUCAGCUACAGUACAGGCCAUUCCCCUGCAAUGUCCAGCCAUGGUCAGUCCAUUGGUUAUCCUUCGGUCAGCCACGGCCAAAGUUUAGCUGAUUCCAGCCCUUCUCAGAUAAUUCGACCACUGCAAUCUCCCUCAUCAAGUCGAUCUCAGAGUGUAGCUUCCCCAGGGCAAUCUCAGAAGUAUUUGACGUCUGUGCUUUCACCGUCUUUCAUGCAGCCCUCUCAUUCACAAAGCUACCAAAACUCACAGUCAAGCUUAGAAAGAACAUCCUCUUACAGCAAACCAAAACAAGACUCUGACCUUCUUUCCAGCGAAAGAACGGAUGAUGAAGACUUUCUCAUCCAGCACCUGCUACAGUCUGAAAGUCCUCCACGAGUGUCCUCUGAAAGCCUAGAGUGUGAGGAAAGAUCCAGUAAAAAUAUGGUCUAUGAGAUGAGCAAAACAGAGGAGAGGUAUCAUCUUCAAAGUGUCAUACGAACUAAUUCAAAUUUAGACAACCAAGGGUUGGAGAUGUCUCUGCAGAGCUUAAAGGACAAGAAAAAAAAUGAUCGCCACAAGGAAUAUGGUAACACAAGGUCAACUCCUGAGGCCUUGGGGACAUCUGUUGUCCAUUAUAGUCAUCAAGGAGGCCCGAUGGAUUCCUUUGCUCAGGACAUCAAAAAGUCAGUAGACCAUCUACCCCAUAUGGACAACUCAAAUAAAGACUUAAACUCAGCUCAUUCGUAUCUACAAAAGACCCCUGAGCAUGCAUCACAAGCUCAUAGGAUGGUGGCCGAGAGCCAGUCAAUGGAUGCCCACAAUAUGCUUCAAAGCCAGCAAGGCACUCCAAUGAUGAUGGACACCUCUCCCGAUCUGCCACUUUCACUAACCCACCAGCCCACAACCCAGCAAUCACAGCUGCUGCAAUCUGUUCUCACCCAUACACAAAGUCAGCUUCAGGCACACCAGAGAAAAGUUCAGACGCCCAUGGACGUUCAUAUGAUGGAGCCACAGAGGAUCCAAGCUGAAGCACAGUCUCCGCAGCUACAGAUGCAACUGCAGUCUCAGGCUUUGGAAGCCCAUUUGCAGUCGCAGCAAAUGCAAGCGCAUGUCCGCUCACAGUCAAUGGAUGUACAUUCUCGAUCUCAAUCAAUAGAGGCACAAUUGAUGGAUUCCCACCAGAUGCAAGGAGACCAGCAUUCUCCACAACUCCAGGCACAAAUGCAGUCAGAUCGUAUGCAAGCAGAGAUGCAGCCCGAGAGAAUGCAAGCUGCCCUUCAGUCAGAAGGCAUGGAGGUACUUCCACAAAACGACGGCAUGCAAGCUUUAUCACGGCCGCAAGAAAUCCAGGACUUCCUAGAGCCCGAUAUGAGCUUAGAGUCGCAUCUGAGCCAGAGUGGCUCCGUACAGUCCCAACAACACCUUAUGAAUGAUGCAGGAGAGGCCUUGUGCUUGGAUGCAGAGUCAUCCCAGCAGGUCCCCCAAGCUCAAAUGGAGCCCAAGGACCAGUUUGAUAGCCCCAGUCCUCAAGGAUCAAAACAGCGCUUUGUUCCUUUGACCUCCAUCUGCUUUCCCGAUUCUCUGCUGCAAGACGAGGAGAGGAGCUUUUUCCCUGGAAUGGAGGAUAUGUUCUGUCCACCUCCUUGUGGAAAUGAUGAGUUUCCCAAGUCAAGCUGUGGUGAUGAUGGUUCUCAGAGCAUGGACAGGAACGAAGCAAUGAAAAAUAGUUAUGAAAUGAUGCAAACUAACCAAAGCUACUCUGGUUACUGCACCAAUGACACUAAUGACAAUCAGCAGAGUGUUCACUUGGGUCUUGAUUCUGUAUCUGUGAAGCAUGAGUUGCCAUCUACCGUUAAUACAGAGCAGUUGGGUCUCAUCCAGUCUGGUCAUGGUCAGCAGUCAUCAGAUGUUAAGCCCGGCUUAACAUCACCCAUCUUCUGCUCUUCUAAACCCAAGAAACUUCUCAAGACAUCAUCGUUCCACCUGCUAAAGAAGAGAGAACCCUCUUUUCAGCCUCCUAAGAAAAACUAUGCCCAGGAAUACGAGUUUGAAGAUGAUGAAGACAAGGAAGACGUCCCUGCAGAUAUCAGAUUAAAUAGUCGCAGACUGCCUGAUCUUCUUCCCGAUCUCAUUUCCAGCUGUCGUACAAGACCCAACAUAAGCCCCAUGGGGGAUAUAGAUUUCUGCCCACCCAGCAUGGAUGGCCCAAAGAGAAGAGGAAGGAAACCUACUAAGCCCAAAAGGGAAGGCCCUCCGAGGCCUAGGGGUAGGCCAAGGAUCAGACCACUUGUCGAACCCCACAUGAUGGCACAUGAUGCUAUCAGAAAGCCUCGUGGGCGAGGAAGAGGGAGAGGCAGGAGAAUUCCAGAUGAAGGACGGGAAAGCUUGAUGAUGGAGCCCCUGAAACCACUAAAGAUCAAGCUGCAGGUGCCAAAAGGGAAUGAUACUUUGCAGAUGGAUCAAACUGAGAUGCUCCCUCCUCCCCAGGAAAACACAUUGGACAACAGCCAGACACGAGAGAAGAUCAAACAAAAGAUCAAGGAGGUAGAAGAAAAGCAACCAGAAAUUAAAUCUGGCUUCAUGGCUUCCUUUUUGGAUUUCCUAAAAUCGGGCAAAAGGCAGCAGCUUCCCACCGCCAACACCAGCCCCUCAAAGAACCGGCCGCCAUCGGCACAGCAGACCUCUCAACCUUCCUAUGGUAUGGCUUCUCAAAUGCUUUCUGGGCCGCUGGACUCUACAGAAAGCGACAGCCUGGUGAUGAGCUGCACCAGUCCGUGCAAACGGUUGGAUGAUGAACUUAAGCGGAACCUGGAGACGCUUCCUUCUUUUUCUUCGGACGAGGAGGAUUCUGUCGGCAAAAACCAAGAUCUGCAGAAGAGCAUCACCUCGGCCAUCUCUGCUCUGUAUGACCCUACGGACCGCAAAGAAGCAGAGAACCCAACAGUUCCCACGGUGGUAGAAGAAAAAGUAGCCAGUCCGUUAACGCCAGAACCUACAUCGCAGCCCGAGCCGCCUGUCCCAGUCUCACCACCAUCUCCACAAGAGGCUCCAGCCCCACCUCCGCCGCCACUGCCACCACCAGAGGAACAACCCGUCCAGUCGUCCCCGGAGCAGGAGGAGCCUGAAGAUUCCCGGCCGCUCCACCUCGCCAAGAAGCAGGAGACGGCCGCCAUCUGUGGAGAGACCGACGAAGAGGAUGUGGAGAGCGACGGAGAAGGAAUCUUCCGUGAGAGGGAUGAGUUUGUUAUCCGAGUGGAGGAUAUUCAGGCUUUAAAGCUUGCCCUGCACACUGGACGCGAACCACCUCCCAUCUGGAGGGUGCAAAAGGCUUUGCUACAAAAAUUUACACCGGAGAUGAAAGACGGACAGCGUCAGUUCUGUGCCACCAGCAACUAUUUGGGAUAUUUUGGUGAUGCCAAGAAUAGGUACCAGCGGCUCUACGUGAAAUUCCUUGAGAAUAUUAACAAAAAGGAUUAUGUGCGGGUUUGUUCUAAGAAGCCGUGGCAUCGCCCCCUCCAGACUAUGCGGAGGCAAAGUCAGACAAAAGCACCGGGAAGUAAAAGCCCUGUGAUAUUGUCAAAACCAGAGAAAUGUGAGAAGCUGGAACGGGCUAUGAGGAUAGACAACUCGGGCCGGCCGGAAAGAAAUGACGCGGUAGAAAAGACGGAAAAGGUGGAAAAAGUUGAACAACCCGACAGGGCUGAAGAUGAGGAGAUGUUUGAGAAAACAGAAACUCUUCCCAAAACAGAAACGCAAAAUGCAGAGGAGAUCCAAGAAGAACAAAGACCUGUAACAAAUCUAUUAAAGGAAGGACCCCCGGAUGAAACUGAAAAAGUCGAGCCGGUUACAAAGGUAGAAAGAGCAGAGCCAACUGCCAAGGUAGAAAAGUCAGAGAUGUUGCGGAGAAAUGAAAAAGAAGAGCCAGUUCCGAGGACAGAGAAUUCCGAAGCUGUCCAGAAGAAAGAAAAAAAUGGGAAACAAGUAAAGCCAGAAAAGGCUGAGCCUUUGGACAAGAUGGAGACUAAGGAACCAGCUCCAAAACCAGAAAAGGUAGAGCCGGUGAUAAUGUCGGAGAAAAGCGAACCGACAAUAACAUCGCCAAAGGUGGAGACGGUUGUUAAACAUGAAAAGAAUACACCUGCUGGAAAGCAGGAAAAGGUAGAACCUUUGAUAAAACCUGAGUUGGAUUCACCCGCCGAAAAGAUGAAACCAGAACCGGCUGCGAAAUCAGAAAAGGUUUCAUCUGUUGGAAGACGAGAGAAGAUGGAAGCUUUGGUGAAGCCGGAGAAGGUAGAAGGGGCCCGGAAGACACAAAAAUCAGAGACUAUUGAAAAGUCCUCACCCACGGUGGAAAACCCUGAACAUGAUGAGGAGAUGGACACUCAAGAGAAGGAGGAAUCUGUAGAAACGCCGGAAAAGCAAGAGCCACUCAAGAGACAGGAGCACGUAGAAGUAACGAAAAAACAAGACAAAAUAGAGUCAGCAGAGAAUCCAGAAAAGUCAGAGGCUGUAAAAAGACUCGAGAAAGCGGACCUUCGGGAGAAGGGAAGUAAGACUGAUAAGGUAGAAAAACAGUCUAAGACGGAUCGAGUAGACAAAACCUCAAAGGUAGACCGAUCGGACAAACCUCCCAAAGCAGACCGACCAGAGAAACCACCCAAGCCGGAGAAAACAGAAAGGGUAGCCAGGCUAGAAAAAACCGAGAAGUCGAGCAAGGUGGAGAAAACCGAGAAACAUUCUAGGACAGAAAGAUCAUCAAAAACAAGCAGGGCGGAAAGGCCUUCGAAAAUGGAGAAGUCUGAAAGACCUGAAAAAAUAGCCAAGUUAGAGAAGACACCAAAGGUUGAAAAAGUGGCCAAGAACGAUAAGCUAGACAAGAGCGAAAAAGAAAAAACGCCAAGAGCGGAGAAGACGGAAAGACACGUCAAGGUGGAAAAAGUAGAGAAGAUGGAAGGGCAGCCAAAAGUUGCACUGAAACCCAAACAGAAACAGGCGAAAGCGAAAGCCGAGCCACCACCCAAAAAGAGGAAAAAGUGGCUGAAAGAGGUGGCAUCAUCUUCGGAUUCAGACUCCUCUCCCGACCAGCAGAGCGAAGAAGAACGCAUUCCCGUGGGACGAGUGUUGAACACAAGAGCCAUGAAAGAAAUGUUCCGGAGUUACAUAGAGAUGCUGGUUAGCACAGCUCUAGACCCAGACAUGAUACAAGCCUUGGAGGACACCAGCGACGAGCUUUACCUUCCACCCAUGAGAAAAAUCGACAGCAUUGUAAACGAACACAAGAAGAAAGUGCUCAAAAAAGUGUCUCUAAAUUCAACGGUACAGGAGGCAAUCCACACGUUUCCCCAGCUUUUCACUGACCCCGGAGACUCCACCGUCAGAGUGAAGCCUGGAGGCGAGCCCUACAACCGGAAAACUCUCAACAAGUUAAAAAAGAAUGUAGCAAAACCACAGGAAUUUAAGGUGGAUUCUGAAAAAUGCCCCUUUUACGUUCUGUAUCAUUCCCUGCAUCACUACAAAUAUCACAUCUUCUUACGCUGCAAGCAAGAGACCAACGCAAUAGAGCAGCAGAACGAUGACCUGGGCCAAGAAGAAGUCGUCCAGCAGUGCAUGAGGAACCAACCGUGGCUUGAAAAACUCUUCGAAUCCUUCAUUGACCUUCUCACGCAGGCGCAGAGCAAAUGCGCGUGACACCGUUUUCUGUGUUGACCGACACAAAGAGACGAGACAACAGGAAUCGAAUUCAAAUAACUAAAAAUACGUCAUCGACAAAAAAAAAAAAGAAAAAAACACCACAACAGACUGAACAGAGAUGAAAGAAGAAAGCGAGAAAGGCACGCAAGACAUAAAAUGCAAAGCCUUUCGUUCUAUACUUACUUUGUAGCCUUGGCAGUUGGCCACGGCAGGGAGCGAAACGUAAGAGGAAUGGAUAACGUAAGUCUUGCAACCCAACCGUACUUGACGUUAGGUCUCUCCAAGGUCUUCA